UACUACCCAUAAAUUAAGAAUUCAAAAACAUGAUAGGAAGAAACCACAUGGUGUGUCUCUUCCACAGUCAAACCACACUCUUUAAGGGAAUCAUUCCUUCUUCGUUGCAUCCAAGAAAGCAGCCACACAGCACCACAAACCUCAACAACAACACAGUUUAUAACGUUUCUGUCUUUCACAUUGCGCAUUGCCUCUAUCGCCUUGCUUCGUCCCAUUCUGCCACUCAAGUCUUUUUUCUUUCAUUGUUUUUUAUGUCCACCACUGCACUACAGUAAAACUUUCUUUGAGAUAUAGUCUAAGUGCCCCUUUUUUUUUAAUCUGUAAAUGGAUCAUCCACCGAGUCCCACUACAUCCUCUGAUAGACUUAAGGAGACCUGGAGGCACGCACUCGUUCUAUCAUUUCAAACUCUUGGAGUUGUGUAUGGUCGCUUGAGCACUGCUCCAUUAUAUGUUUUUGGGACGAUUCAAACGAAAGAUUUCAAAUCCAAUGAGAUUGCAUAUGAAUACUUCUCUUUUAUUUUCUGGACUCUCACUGUUGUUUCUUUACUCAAGUAUGCCUUCAUUGUACUGAGGGCUGAUGAUAAUGGAGAGGGUGGUGUUUUUGCUCUGUACUCAUUAUUAUGCAGGCAUGCUAAAGUGGGUCUGAUUCCAAACGACACAAGCACCAAUGAAGUUAUGCAACAUGAAGAAGAAAGCACUUUUAGGGGAAAAGUUGAAUCAAGGGCAAGAAGAGCCAUAAAAAACCAUAGAAGUAGUCAUUAUUUGAUGCUGUUCACGGCAUUAUUUGGUGCUUGCAUGAUAAUUGGAGAUGGGGUGAUAACCCCAUCUAUUUCAGUGUUAUCAGCUUCAUCAGGUCUUCAACGUUCAUUAUCAGAAAUUAAAUACUCCUCCUCGCCAGAUGCACAAGGAGCCAUAUCAGAUGCUUUAAAAAAAUAUGUACCAGUUCCGUCUGCUUGUGUUGUAACAGUAUGCCUCUUUAUACUGCAGCACUAUGGGAGUCAUAAAAUCGGGUUUAUGUUUGCCCCAAUUGUCACUAUAUGGCUUCUGUUUAUUGGUGGAGUGGGUAUAUAUAAUAUAUUCCACUGGAACCCUGAAAUCUUCUCUGCAUUGUCGCCAGUAUACAUGUACAGAUUUGUAAGAAAUAUCAACAAAGACCGUUGGAAGUCACUGGGUAGCAUUCUUCUCUGCAUAGCAGGAUCAGAAACAAUGUUUACAGAUUUAGGUCAUUUCUCUAAGAGAUCAAUCAAGAGAACAUUUGUCUGCUUGAUUUAUCCAGUUUUAAUUCUGUGCUAUGCUGGUCAAGCUGCUUUUAUCUCCAAACACUGGAAUGGUCCUGAAAAUUUUAAUCAUCUAAGUGAAUCCAUACCUGAACAUCUUCGUCAUGUCUUCAUACUGCUAUCUCUUCUUGCUUCGGCUGUGGGAAGCCAAGCAACAAUAACAGCCAGCUUCUCCAUUAUAAACCAGUGCCGUGCACUUAGUUGUUUCCCCAGAGUAAAAGUUAUACAUACAUCAGAUAAGAGACAUGGACAGGUUUAUAUUCCAGAUGUCAACUGGUUAUUGAUGGCCCUUAGUCUCUCCAUCACUCUUGGUUUCCAUGAUAUAACUAGAAUUGCAAAUGCAGCAGGUAUGGCAAUUGUUUUUGGGAUGAUAGUAACAACUUGUAUGAUGUCCCUUGUGAUGGCUCUGUACUGGGAGAAGAGUUUGUUCAUAUCAGGGUUCUUUUUGAUGUUCUUUGGGUUUGUUGAGGCUGUAUAUGUAUCGGCAUGUAUGUUGAGCUUUCACAAAGGAGCUUGGUAUCUAUUUGUCCUUUUAGCUGUUUCCUUCACUGUAAUGCUGGCAUGGCAUUAUGGAACUAUGAAGAAAUACGAGUUUGAUUUGCAAAACAAGGUUUCUACAGAAUGGCUCACAGAUUAUAGCCCAAGCCUAGGAGUUUCCAGAGUACCUGGAAUUGGCUUAAUCUACACUGAUAUCGUAAUGGGAAUCCCAGCUUUCUUCUCACAUUUCAUCACAAAUCUUCCUGCAUUUCAUCAGGUGCUGAUCUUCGUGUCCUUCAAGCCCCAACCAGUUCCUUGUGUGCCUCCCAGUCAGCGAUAUUGUGUAGGCAGGGUUGGUGGCAAAGACUACAGGAUUUACAGAUGCAUUGUGAGAUAUGGGUACUGUGAUCAGGUUAGAGACACAGAUGAUUUUGAGGAACAGAUUAUUGGCUCAAUCGGAGAAUACAUUUCCUUAGAUGAAAGCGAUUGUGAAUCGCUGACUUCUCCUGAAGGAAGAAUGGUGAUUGUUGGGACGCCAUUGUUGGAAGGACAUGCGUUGAUUCCAGUAGAUGAUACCAACUUGUUUUCCGGUUCCACAAAUGCAGCUAACAAUGAAACUCUGGCAAUUCCAGAGGGAGAAUUGAUUGGACGAAAUGCUCCUGUUAGGAGAAAAAAGGUUCGCUUUUUAAUUCCAGAAAGUAGUCCUAGAUUGCGGGUAUCUGUCAGGGAUGAGCUACAAGAACUGAUUAAUGCCAGGGAAAGUGGCACUGCAUAUUUCCUAGGUCAGUCGCAUUUAACAGUUCGUGAUGGUUCUAACUUUUUUAAGAAAUUCCUGAUUAUUGCCUACGUAUUUCUUGAUAAAAAUUGCCGUGAACCUCCAAUGGCAUUGAAUAUCCCUCAUGCUGCUCUCGUAGAGGUUGGCAUGGUGUAUAUUAUAUAAACUAUAUGUAUGCUAUGAAACUUUGUAUGCGUCUGUUUGUAGAAAAAGAAACACAAUUAUAACUAUAAAGUGUGUGGCUUUUUCACUGUAGCCAUUUAAUUAAGAUUUUUGAAAAAAAUUUAUUUCA